AUGCUAAAAUUAAAGAGUAUUUGUACAACCCUUAUAGGAGGGAAAAUAUAUAAUAUUAAUGGAAAGACAAUAAAGGAAGAUAAGCUAAUAUCUGAAGGUGCAUAUUCAUUUGUGUAUUUAGCAAAUGAUUUAAAUACAAACAAAACAUAUACAAUAAAAAAAACAAUAUGUCAAAAUAAAGAAAAAUUAGAAAUGGCAAAGAAAGAAAUAAACAUAUUAAAAAGUUUGCCACCUCAUAAAAAUAUAGUACAGUAUUUUGGAUCAACUAUAAUAGAUGAAAACAAUUAUAAAAUAGUUAUUAUGUUAAUGGAAUAUUGUGAAAGAGGUAAUUUAUUAAACAUAUAUGAAAAGAAUAAAGAUAAAAUAAAAGAAUUUCAUAUUAUAAAAAUAUUAAAAGAUGUAAUAAAUGGUUUAAAUUUUUUACACACACAAGAAAUACCAAUAAUACAUAGAGAUAUAAAAUUAGAGAAUAUUUUAUGUGAUAAAAACAAUGUAUAUAAAAUAUGUGAUUUUUGUUCACAUGCAGUAACAAAUCCAUUUUUUCCUAAUGAUUUAAAAAAAAAUGAAUUAAAUUUAUUCAAAUAUGGGAUAGAGCGUGAUACAACAAUAUAUUAUAGACCCCCAGAAUUGAUAGACUUAUAUUCAAAUGGUGAAAUAUCUACUAAGGUAGAUAUAUGGAUGGUUGGGUGUGUAUUAUAUUUGUUAUUAUUUGGUGUACAUCCAUUUCAAGGUAGUAUUUCACCAAAAAUUAGUAGAAACAAUGAUGAAAAUGUCGAUAUAAAUGUCAAUAAUAAUAGUUUUUUAUCUAUUUUAAAUGGAAGUUUUGUUAUUCCUCAUGUUGCAAAAUAUUCAAAAAGAAUUAUAUCCAUAUUAUUAAUGACAUUGGAUAAGAAUCCACAAGUUAGAAUUUCGUCAUCAACACUUUUGUUAAUUUUAGAAAAUUAUGGAGAUUUAAAAUCAUGGUUUAUGCAUAUACCCUUAGAUAUUAAAAAAUUGGUUAAUAAAAUUUUUGAAAAAAUAAAUGAACUUAAUGAUAAUAAUAAAAAUGAUGAACUUAUUGAAGUUUCAAGUGAUAAAACAAUAAACAUUAAAAUUAAAUCACAUAGAUAUAAUCAAAAUUUAAAUAAAAACAUAAAAAAUGGUAUUACACCUGUUGGUAAUACUAGUGGUGGUUUUUUGAAAUAUUUUACUCCUGUUAUGUUUAAAAAAAAAACAUCUGAUUCAGUUUCGCUAGAAAAUAAAAAUAGUAUCACUAAUAAAACUGAAUCUGAGACAAAAAAUGUGGAAGAAAAGGUUGAGGAUAAGACUAAUGGAACUACUACAGUUGAUGAUAAUUCAAAUUUAGACAAUAACAAAAAUGAAAAGGAAUAUGAAAAAUUGUUAAGCAUCGAAAGUAUUACCAAAGCAGAUUCUACAUUGGUAGAUAUAAAUGAUAAUGCAAAUGUAGAAAAAGGAGAAGCAUUUAUUAAAGACUUAGAGACCAUACAAAAUAAUAAUAAAGAAGCAAAUUUAUUCGAUUUAAAUGAUACAAUAAAUACAAAUCUGAAUGAUGAUAGUAAGAAUGGAGAAAGUACAACCAUUAAUAGUGAAGGAGAAAUGAAUUAUGAUAAUUUUAAUUUUGGAUUUAGUUAUGAUAAUUUUGGUGAAGAAAAAAAUGUUGAUUUAUUUGAUAUGGGAUAUAAUUCAAACUUCGGACAUUUAGAUAAAAAUAAUAUGAACUUAUCUUUUUUUGAUACAUCUUUUGUAUCAGAUAAAGAAAAUAAUAAUAUAGUUAAUAAACAAAAUAAUAAUAUUGCUAAUAAACAAAAUAAUAAUAUUGCUAAUAAACAAAAUAAUAAUAUUGCUAAUAAACAAAAUAAAAAUUUUAAUAAUGAAAAAAUAUUAAAAGAAUCUUUAUUUAGUAGUGAUUAUUCUUCGUUAAAUAAUGUUUCAGAUUAUUUUAAUAAAAGUAAUUCAAAUUAUAAUAAUAAUAUGUCCUAUUUUGAUGAUAUAAAAAAUGAUUCAGCAGAUUUUUUUCAUUUUGAUAUUCCAAAUAAUAAAAAGGAAAUAAAAUAUUCUUAUGAUACUAAUGAUAUUGUUUCUGAUAAUCCAAAAAACAAAAAUUUUAUAGCAUCAGAUAAAAAUGAUAAAUUUUCUGAACUCCUUGAUGAGUUUCAAAAAAUAUCAAUCAAAUAA